ACUAACGCUCCCACGUCCUUUUGUGGUUCGUAUUCUGAUUAGCGUGCCACGGCGAUUCCUUUCCCCUCACCUGUUUUCCCUGACUGAGAUUGAUCUUAUCAGAUUUAAUUAGUGUCCUGGAACCUCGCCCAGCCGUAUCAUCGUGCCGGGUUUAUAUUACGAUUUGCGGUCAUGGUUGGUUCGUGACAUUCGAUUCUUUUGGAUGCCAAGCCAAGACGGCAAGGAGCCUCAACUACAAAUAUCUCACAUCUCAUCAUUUUCAUGGAGCUAGAAUAACACCCCAACUUCUUCUAGCAUGACCACAGAACUCAAGGCUAUUCGCAAAAAGCGGGCCACCUCAGAGGCUAACCCCGCAUCCAGCGAAGGAAAUCAUCGCAAGCGUCGACGCAAUCGUACGACUCAGUCAUGCCUUAGCUGCCACACAUCCAAGAGAAUGUGUGACCGGAAGCGUCCGUGUGGUCGCUGCACACAACUAGGUCUGACCGGCCUUUGUGUCUACGAAGUGGAUGAUGCUUCCAAACGAACUGAUGUUCAAGAAGACGAGAGUUUGCGGCUUCGUCAGCGAGUUGCCGAGCUCGAGGGAGUAAUACGCGAGUUGAAGAACAAGCCUCAUCCCCGCUGGGCUCAAGCGGUUUCUACCGAAUCAGAAUUUCAGAAGUGGCAUGCUCGCUCUCAGUCUCGUUCGACUACUGAGCAGCAACAGACCGAACAUCAAAGCGAGACAAAAAGUACCUCUCCAUCUCGCUCAGUUUGUUCGAAUUCAGGCCCUGGGGAUGAGUCACAUCCGUCCCCUCAGGUUCCAUCGCCCCCACACCCACAUCCUGCCGACUUGACAAACUCAUCAGUGUUGUGCUCUCCUUACUUCAGUGGUGUAUCGUGUCCCUUGAGCACACCCUCUCCUUGUAUAAUGACGCCGAUUGAUGAGUACACGCAUACUCAGGCUUUUAUUGCGGGCGAGCAACCUCUCACCGGAGAAUUCGACUUUUCUUCUAUUUUUAUGUCCUAUCCGGGUUUGAUAGGAUUUGAAAAUAGCCCGGGAUACGACACUCCUCAAGUUGCAGGCGACGUCUUCGCCGAUCAUCUCGACGACACCUGCAGGUUUAAAACCCGUGGUCAUUGUGGCUGUUUGACUGAAAGAUCGAGCUAUGAUGUAGUGCUCGAGCUUUCUCUCCGCUUGCGUAAAGCUGCAGAUAUCCUGCUCGGAUCCGGUAAUUGUUCCCUUAAUCAACGAAUUUUUGAACUUGACGCUCUUGCUACGAUGGCGCUAGGCAAUAUCACUUCACCUUCUAACGAUAUCAAUCAAAAACAACCGUUCUCCCAUUUAUUCAUCCCACCAUCGUCUAAUUUUGGUACAACAUUGUGCCGCACUAUGCCUGCUUCGACGGCCUCUCCACACAAUCUACAAGAAAUUCGCUCAAACGUUUUGUCAUCGGUGUCGGAUGACAUCCUCUGACUCCGUCAUGAGAACCUUCCUUCACAACGUUUCUGACUUGCACAGCGUGCUUCUCAUUGCGGACUUAACAGCUAUUCUUGCUUGCGUUCCUGUGUGUAGAAUCGCGAGACUGAUUAAUGCUAGAAAUCGCAUUGUAUAAUCUACUGACAAUCAAUACGACCUCUGUAAUUGUAUUGCACUUCCUCUAUAUCAAGG